CCACAGCAUUAUGGAGCCUUUGCAGGAAAUCGAGCUGAUAUCACUAGCUGAAGACAUAGGUCCGGGCAAAUACUCAAAACUGUGCAACAGUCUUGGGUAUUCCUAUGCAGUAAGCCAAUCACACAUCGUAAAACAUCUCAACAACGUCAAUGAAGCUCUGGUAGAGCUCCUCAUCAAAUGGAAUUAUAACCAAAGAGACGGCACCGAAACUCGAUCCAUACUAGCAAGCAAGCUCCGUGAAUUACGACUUGUUGAAUUAGGUGAAAGACUAUCAGAAGGUAAAUAUAUACCCAACCAGCAGGACUCACAUGACCACGAGAAGACUCCAUUGCAGACUAGCCCAGGUAUGGCGGCUCAUGAAGGUAUCGCCAAUGACCUUAUCUGCAAGCUGGCUGAGGAUAUCGAGACGGGUGAGCAGAUGGAGGCCUUAGGACGAACACUCGGAUUCAAGGUCGCAGAAAUCAAUAGAUACACAGAAACCAACAGGAUAGAAGGACGGGUGACUUGUAAGGGAACACGUGAUAUGCUGUUUGACUGGAGACAGAAUGUGAAGCCUUGCAACCAGCAUCCCAGGCUGAAACAAGCUCUCAUUGACUCUAAGCUAGUAAUGCUUGCGGAUACAUAUCUCAAGGGGACACCAAGUAAUCCAGGUAUCUACAGCAAGAAGAUCUCGGCAUCAUUGACUGUUCAGCGAUGUCGCGAAAAGUUAGAGAAUAAGUACCGAGAUCAAUUGUGCAAAAUUCAAAUGAAACCGUGGGAUCAAAGUGAUUAUGCUGAGUUCGAAGACAUGCACACGGUUGUCACAAUGGUGAAGAAGGACGCUAGCGGACAAGACACGAAAAAGAAGGAAAUACUCCAGGGUUCUGUUCCUGAAAUAUUUUCAACGAAAGUAAACGGAAGACUUCCAGCUCGAAUCCUCAUUUCGGCACCAGCUGGACGAGGGAAGACCACGGCUGUUGCUAAGAUGGCUUACGACUGGGUUCACAAAGAAAAGGGGUCAGCAUUAGAACACCUGCCACUUCUGUUUGUUGUAAAGUUUCGAAACACAGGUCAUCUCACAUCGAUCGGAGAAGCCAUCAAAUCCCAGCUUUUGAGUGAUGUUGAGGAUCUCACACCAGAGGGUCUGGAGAGUUUCAUUAGAGAGAAUCAGGGUAUCUGCCACAUCAUACUAGACGGACUAGAUGAAUAUGCGGGUAUUUCUUCUUCCCAGCGAAUCUCAGAGAGUAACAUUUUCCGUGUCAUCCGUUUGGAAGAAUUUCCAGAGUGUCGAGUCCUUGUAACAACACGCCCUCAUCUAGAGUACUUCUUUGAUCAAGCGGAACUUCCAAGGGUAUACACAAAGAUGUGGAUAGAAGGAUUCUCACAAGAGACGGACAUGAUUUGA